AUGGUAUUCACCAGACUCUCCUCACAAGAGAAAAAUGCCUUCUUCGGGCUUCUAGACGAGUACUUCCAGUCCCGCCCCGAGAUCCUCGCCCACGUUAACACAAGCACCAGCAACGCCCGAGACCCAUCCGCAGCCGCUGCAUCAGCCGUUCACCGCGCUCUCGCCAGCAACCCAGAAGUCACCUCCAAGAUCGUCUCCGCCGGGGUGACGCACGGACUUGCGAAGUCCAAUAACCCAUAUGCAUCCACGAUAGCCAGUAAUCCACAAGUGAGCAAUUCCGUAGGAAGAGUAGCGGCAGCUUCGCUCGCGUUCAGCAGCUCAAGCAAUGCAUUCUCGUCUUUGAACGCUUCAAGAACCCUAGCUCCUUCCCUCCCUUCCCGCAGCUCCAGCGCACACAGCGCAUCCUCGUCAGGGUCUGAGAUCGAUAAACUAAUCACGAAAAAGUCAAGCGUAUUGGGCGCAUUCAAGAAAGCACCCACAGCGAACGUAGCUAUUCCCCCUGCAUUCCAACCGCCCAAGACGUCAUAUGGCCCGCCUCCUACUCGGCGCACGACGUCAGAAACGAGCGCUCCUGAGCCUUCCGCUGCUAGGUCCCCACCACCCGUCCUCCCACGACGUGCAGUCGAACCUGAACCCGAGGAACCACAAGGGGAGUGGGCAGAGGUCUUGUAUGACUAUAGUAGCGAGGAUCCUGGCGAUCUGGAAGUCCAAACUGGCUCUCGUGUAUUUGUCACUGCGAAAUCUUCUGAUGACUGGUGGACGGGUCAGAUAGAGGGCCAAGGAAAGGAGGGAUUAUUCCCUGCCUCAUACGUGAAACUGUUGUGA